CCGGACUCAGUUGAAGCGCGCAUGCGCGUCUAGUUUGACGUGCGUUGAUUGUCAAUCGCUCAUUGCUCCGGAGCCCAGUUGAUUCUUUGACGUUUCGUAACGUUUAUGUGCUAGAAUUAAAGUGCAUCAAAUUUAUUAAAAUCGCGUUGUAUUCGUCUAUUUUACAUUAAAAAUGGAGAGAAAUGAACGUAAAACGAAUUCGCGCACACAUUCAAUUACCUUGGAUCGUGAAUCUAAGUUUUUAUUGCGAAAAGUUUUGAUGGAUUUCGCUAUACUUUUUAUCGUCGGCUUCCUGAUCCUCGUGUUCUACCUGUGGGGCACGCCGUACGAGAGGGGCUUCUUCUGCGACGACGAGUCACUCAAGCACCCGUACAAGGACUCCACCGUGACUAAUGUCAUGCUGUACAUUAUUGGACUCGGUUUGCCCGUGUUUACGAUGUGCCUAACGGAAUGGAUCAGGCUGCGCGACUACAAGGGCGGCCGGUCCCGCAUCAUCCUCGGCUGCGAGAUACCAGCCUGGUUCUGGGAGACCUACCGGGUGGUGGGCGUGUUCCUCUUCGGGUGCGCUUGCCAGCAGCUCACCACUGACGUCGCGAAGUACACCAUUGGCAGAUUACGGCCGCACUUCUUUGAUGUGUGCAAGCCAGACAUAGACUGCUCAUUGCCAGAAAACAAGUGGCGCUAUAUCGAGAAGUUCACCUGCCUCGGCGACGACACCAAACUCUUGAAGGAGAUGAGGCUGUCCUUCCCCAGCGGCCAUUCUUCCUUCUCUGCGUAUACUAUGAUCUAUUUCGCUCUUUACCUACAAAAGCGUUUCCUCUGGCGCGGUUCCAAGCUCCUCCGACAUUUGAUACAGUUCGUGCUGGUCAUGAUGGCCUGGUACACGGUGAUGACGCGCGUGUCCGACUAUAAGCAUCAUUGGAGCGACGUGCUCGCUGGUUUCACAAUUGGCAUGCUCGCGGCCGUCGUUGUGUUCGCAUUCAUCUCCGACCUCCGCAAAACGUCCCGAAGGCAGAGCGGUGGACAUGACAGCGAGUUGACCACCAACGGCAACACCCGCACCGCGCCCAGCUGGCAAGUCUGACCACCAACCCCCCAGGGAGAUAACGCAGGGGAGGGGGCAUGACACUUACCCACCAUCUCCCUAUAUACGGACUUUUAAUACGCAUUGGACAGUUGUGAAAUUCUCUCGAAAGUACUGAGAUAUCGCGGUCUCGAAGGACCAACUCUGGGACAUAUUGGUAACGUUUUUCGAAGUUAUGUUUUAAUAUUUGAAUAUUUGACUGAUAAACGAAUUUUAAAGGACUCGAGCGAUUAGAUUUAAUUGAGUGUUCAUAAUGGUCUUGAGAUUUCUCGAAGGUUCCGUUUUAUUUUAUCGGCCUAACAUAGUUGAAAUUACCUAAUAGUUAUAAGGGGGUUUUUAGGUUAGGCGACAUAUAUUUAUAUAGAAAUUUUAUUGAUAAAUAAGCACUGAAAGACCGAAAUGGACUGAUAAUCGUUAUCAUAUCAAAAUUUUAACACCAAUGGGGAAUUUUAUUAUUAUUAUGUCUACAAGGUAUUCUAAACAAAAGCUACUUAGAAAUCGAGCAAAAUGAAGCUACAUUUUCAUGUCUUCCAUACAAAUGAUUAACUUGGUGUUUUAUAAGGCCAUUUGUCCACAUGUCAUGUCCCGACACAUGUAGCAUAUGAUUUAUGAAUGCCCAUAAAAUGGCUAAGAGAUAUUGAACUUUAACUUAUUUUUUAUUUAGGUUCAAAGUUGGAUGGUAAUUGGCGUUGAAUAAUUCUAUGGAUACGAAUGAGCUUUAUGGUGCAUGUUAGUUGAUUUUAGCUGUAAACGAGAUUUAUGAAUACGAUAUGAGAGGUAAUUGCUUAGCUACUUUUCCCCCACCAGAAUAGGGCCCCAAUUCCAACUUUUUAGAGGGGGCCCCAACUUUUUGAGGCCCAGCAAAUAUCGAAAUGCUGUCUUUAACUAAUUUUAUCAACUGACCAUGAACCACUUUACAAUUUCAUUUUUAGUAAACUUAUCUACAAAGUUAACUAACAACUGUUAGCCUUGCUGCUGGUGAUAAUGAGCUGAUAAUAUAGUACAUACGUUUAUAUGAACUCAUUUUUACGUUUUAUUUCUAGAAACAGUUGGCAGUCUCGUUGCCCCAACUUUCUUUAUACUUUUUCAUUUUUCCUUUGCAGUAAGCAAAUAUUGCCCCGGGGCCCCUAAUUUGAUAGCAAUGCUAAGUCGUUACAAAUCAUAAAUCUCGUUCAACAGUUACAUACUUCAUUAUUAUGCAGUUUUAUUGAUCGGAACCAUUUAUUGCCAACGCAUACUACGUCGGUACAAAUUGCACCUAUAGACUAAAGUAAAGACACCCGUAUUUACCAACAUAUUAUGUAUAUACUUAAAUUUCCUUUUAUCUUUUCAAUUUUUUUUUCAGAUUUUUCUAUCUUCUUGGUAUAAUUUUUUUCAAGGCCUAUUUCAGUUUAAAACCUGACCGUGUUAACGAAAAAUUUGCUAAAAUCCUAUUCUUCCUUUUUUUACCAAAAUUCAAUUAUUUAAAUGACUUUAAAACUUUUCUAUAUAAAUUCUCAUACAUAUAACUUCAUAUACCAUCGAAAAACAUAGUAUAACAUGAUGGCAAAGUUUAUAAAUACGGGCUUUCACCUAUCAGUAUUUUUAGCUUCAUUUUACUACUUACAGAAUGCAAUUUUAAAUGUAGAAUUAGUGUUUUACUCUAGGGACAAUAAAAUUUAAAAUAGGAACCAUAGAGGUUUAAAAAUUGUCUUUGCUAUUGAUAGAUAUAUGAAUAAUUGCAUAAGUACACUCUACACACUACUUAUUGAAUUUUGGGGUUUUAUUUUUAGUAUUUAUCGUUUAGUUAAUGUUGUUUAUGUACAAAUUUUUAUCUUAUUCUCUAUGACAUACGAUUCAAAAUAAAAAAACUGUAAAAUUGCAUUGAAAAUAUUGUUUAAUCAAUCAUGUUACGUAUAAGCUUGUGGCUUAUAUCUAACAUUAUUGGUUUCUUUUUAACAUAUCAUAUUUAAGUGUGAAUGAGACAGACAUAUAAACCGACAAAAUUAGGGAGUCACAAUGCCUUAAAUAAUAUAUACAAAAUUUCUUUUUUUAAUUUUCAUAUGUAUAUUAUAAUUUAUCGCUCAUAUUUUUAUUUAUUUUGCUAGUUAUAAGCCAUUCUCUGUGCCUUGAAGGCGCGGGAAGUAUUUAACUCUGUGAUAUAGAAGUGUAAAUAUUGCAGUUAAUUUUAUAGGUUUUUUAGAUUUUUAAGAACAGCUUGGGUGCUUAUGCUCUCCUGGUACUAUUAAAAGAAAUAUACUGAAACAAUGCGGAAAUUAUAUUGGUUUUUAGUAAAGUGUAGGCCGCAAAGGAUUGUUAAUAAUUUGAUGACAAUAAAUACAAAAUUUUAUAAUAUAUUGGCCCAAAAUCCAGCUUAUUGGAAUUGAAUCUACUCAAUGAUGUAUUUGUGUUCAAUGAUGUAGUGGUAUUAUAUUAUGUAAUCAAUUUGAAGUUAUUUUGUUGUUGCCUCCACUUUGUCUAUUGAGAUAAACUAUAAUGACCUUGUAAAACGCAACUAAAAAAAUUGCAAUUUUAUAAUAUGUAUAGUCAGCAACGAAAGUUUAUUCAUUUGUCAAAAUUAUGUCAUGUCAGUCAUGAAGAAAUUUGGCAAUUAAUAUUGAUAUUUGUUUCUUACAGUUUAUCAACUGUAAGUUUUAUG